UCCUCCUCCUCCUCCUCCUCCUCCGGCAUGGCAAAUGCACCGGUUUUAUUUGCUCAAAACUUGCCGGUCGGAUGGAGAUUUUCACCGACCGAUCAACAACUGGUUGGAAAUUACUUGAAGCGGAAGAGGCAUGGUGAUCCUAUCGACGGCUCCGACAUCGUUGAGGUUAUUAAAUUCUGCAAUUAUAACCCUUGGGAUCUACCUGGUCUGUCCAAGAAUAAAUCCACCGAUAAAGUAUGGUUUUUCUUUUAUCUUCGCGAGUACCGCAAUAAUAGUGGACUGGCUAACCGAAAGGCGGGGAAUGGAUACUGGAAAAUCACCGGUGAUCCUCGCUCAGUCACUCCACGAGCUCACCUCAGAAGGAGCCUGCCCUCGAGAGAGAUAACGCCGAACCCAGAUGAGGAGAUAGGAACUAAGAGAAUUUUAGUUUUCCAUAAUCCUGACGCGACUCACUGGGUCAUGCACGAGUAUGAGUACACUGCAGAACUCAACUCGCCUAUUCAGGGUAACUAUGUUCUUUGCAAAUUGAAGGAGAAGCCAAAUGAGAAGAAAAAAACAGUUAAGAGGUCGAAGAAAGUGGAACCAAUUUGCAAUAAGCCAAGAGCACAAAAGAAGGCAAGAAAAGGCGAAUCAGCUUCAGUUUCAGCUUCUGCUUCUGAAAAUAAAAUAUCGGAGGAGAUCAGGGCGUAUUCAGCCUUGUUGAAAUUUUGGAAGGAAGAAUGGAAAUGCACAAGAUGA